AUGGUUAGUCUUCGAGGAGGACUGACCCGGAGUGGACUGGUCGAGGUCGUCUUGAGGGUGAGAGCAACCACGACAACUCCAGCAGACAACUACGUCAACUCCUGCAGACAACCACGACAACUCCAGCAGACAACUACGUCAACUCCUGCAGACAACUACGUCAACUCCUGCAGACAACCACGACAACUCCAGCAGACAACCACGUCAACUCCAGCAGACAACCACGUCAACUCCAGCAGACAACCACGACAACUCCAGCAGACAACCACGUCAACUCCAGCUGACAACCACGUCAACUCCAGCAGACAACCACGUCAACUCCUGCAGACAACCACGUCAACUCCAGCAGACAACCACGUCAACUCUAGCAGACAACCACGUCAACUCCAGCAGACAACCACGUCAACUCCAGCAGACAACCACGUCAACUCCAGCAGACAACCACGUCAACUCCAGCUGACAACCACGUCAACUCCAGCAGACAACCACGUCAACUCCAGCAGACAACCACGUCAACUCCAGCUGACAACCACGUCAACUCCAGCAGACAACCACGUCAACUCCUGCAGACAACCACGUCAACUCCAGCAGACAACCACGUCAACUCCAGCAGACAACCACGUCAACUCCAGCAGACAACCACGACAACUCCAGCAGACAACCACGUCAACUCCUGCAGACAACCACGUCAACUCCAGCAGACAACCACGUCAACUCCUGCAGACAACCACGUCAACUCCAGCAGACAACCACGUCAACUCCAGCAGACAACCACGACAACUCCAGCAGACAACCACGUCAACUCCAGCAGACAACCACGUCAACUCCAGCAGACAACCACGUCAACUCCAGCAGACAACCACGACAACUCCAGCAGACAACCACGUCAACUCCAGCAGACAACCACGUCAACUCCAGCAGACAACCACGUCAACUCCAGCAGACAACCACGUCAACUCCAGCAAACAACCACGUCAACUCCAGCAGACAACCACGUCAACUCCAGCAGACAACCACGUCAACUCCAGCAGACAACCACGUCAACUCCAGCAGACAACCACUUCAACUCCUGCAGACAACCAUGUCAACUCCUGCAGACAACCACGUCAACUCCUGCAGACAACCACGUCCACUCCUGCAGACAACCACGUCAACUCCAGCAGACAACCACGUCAACUCCAGCAGACAACCACGUCAACUCCAGCAGACAACCACGUCAACUCCAGCAGACAACCACGUCAACUCCAGCAAACAACCACGUCAACUCCAGCAGACAACCACGACAACUCCAGCAGACAACCACGUCAACUCCAGCAGACAACCACGUCAACUCCAGCAGACAACCACGUCAACUCCAGCAGACAACCACGUCAACUCCAGCAGACAACCACGUCAACUCAGCAGACAACCACUUCAACUCCUGCAGACAACCACGUCAACUCCAGCAGACAACCACGACAACUCCAGCAGACAACCACGUCAACUCCAGCAGACAACCACGACAACUCCAGCAGACAACCACGUCAACUCCAGCAGACAACCACGACAACUCCAGCAGACAACCACGUCAACUCCAGCAGACAACCACGUCAACUCCAGCAGACAACCACGUCAACUCCAGCAGACAACCACGUCAACUCCAGCAGACAACCACGUCAACUCCAGCAGACAACCACGUCAACUCCAGCAGACAACCACGUCAACUCCAGCAGACAACCAUGUGUUGACUGA